GUCAUUAAUUGAACGAGACCCUAAGUGAGUAUUUAUAAACAGAGUAUUGCAGUAUUAUAAAUUUAUAAGAGAAGUUCUCUAAUCACAUAAUCAAUUAAAGAAAAAAACUUAGAAAGAAAACACAUUAAGGAUACAAAAAUGAAGGAUGCAUUUAUUGUGCAAGAUCAAAACGGCACAAGUCUAAGAAAACAAGAAAUUCUUCGACCCCUUGCCAACUUUACUCCUAAUUUGUGGGGCGACCUUUUUCUUCAUUACACUUCCCUUGAUUCGGCUACGCAAAAUCAAAAGGAGCAAGAGAUUAGUGAGCUGAAAGAGGAAGUGAGGAGGCAUUUAACAAAUGUUAAGGAUCCAAAAGAAAACCUUCUCCUUAUCAAUGCAAUCCAAAGACUUGGGGUGGCAUAUUGCUUUGGAGAAGAAAUUGAGGCUAUUUUGCAACAUUUUCAUAGCUAUGAUGAUGCUUUUUACAAAGAUGAUCUUGAAUAUGUUUCCUUACGUUUUCGUUUGUUGCGGCAACAUGGCUUCUUUUUAUCAUGUGAUUUAUUCCACAAGUUUAUAAAUGAAAAUGGGAGCUUCAAGGAUAGCUUAAAGACUGAUUUGCAAGGAAUGCUAAGCUUGUAUGAAGCUUCUCAUGUUAGAAUACGAGGGGAGAAGGUUCUAGAAGAAGCCCUUGAUUUUACUACAACUAACUUAACGUCCGUGGUUUCAAAUUUAAGUUCUGAUGAUCCGUUAGGUGAACAAGUAACUCAUGCCUUGGAUCGACCCCUCUACAAAUGCACUAAUAGGCUUGAAGCUAAGUUUCAAAUUCCUUUGUAUGAAUUGGAUGCCUCACAUAACCAAGCUUUGUUAAGGCUUGCCAAAUUGGAUUUCAACAUGCUUCAAUUACAAUACAAAAAAGAGCUUAGUGAUCUCAUUAGGUGGUCAAGAAGCUUAGAUUUCACAGGAAAAUUCCCAUUUUCAAGGGAUAUUGUAGUGGAGACAUACAUAUGGGCAUUAGGAGUGUUGUUUGAACCUGAAUAUUGUUAUGGUCGAGCAAUACUCGUCAAACUUUUAAAGAUAAUGACUGUGGUUAAUGACAUAUAUGAUGCAUAUGGCACCAUUCAAGAGUUGGAACCUUUCACUCAAGCAAUUCUUAGGUGGGACAACCAUUGUAUAAAUGAAGUACCCGAUUACAUGAAAUUGAUUUACCAAAUUUUGGUAGAUACGUUCCAAGACUUUGAGCAAGAUUUAGCUAAUAAUGGAGGAAAGUCAUAUACUAUAUAUGACUAUCUACAAAAGGAACUGAAAAUUUCAUGCCAAGCCUACCUAGAAGAAGCUAGAUGGUGUCAUAAAAAUUACGUCCCACAAUAUGAUGAGUAUAUGAAGAAUGGAAUGGAAAGCUCCGUAUACUGUUUCAUGCUGAUGGCAGCUCACCUAGGCAUGGGAGAAACUGCAACUAAUUAAGGAUGAACUUCAAUGGAUCUACAAAAACUCCAACGCUAUGAAAUCGUCUUGCAAAAUUGCAAGGCUCUGGGCUGACAUGGGUGGACAUAAGGUAUACAUUGCAUUGCAUACCAACUAUUAUAUUGUCAACGAAACUAUUAUGCCGUGACAAUUCGUCACAUGAUUUUCAUCGUGGCCCACUCGUGUGGACACGGAAGACCUGUGGGCUUGAGCCUACAAAUCCACGAGUCAAGAGCGUUGACUUGCACAUACACUUGGUGAGGUUCAUUAUUUCCGAAAACUAUAUGGUAGUAGGAAGAUUAGCUCACCCACUAUAUAUGCAAGUCAACAACCCACUAUUUUAUCGAUGUGGGAUCUUAUCUCACAUGUGAAGUAUUUCCAACAGAUUCAACUCAAUCAAAAUUUUAAGCUGGUGCUUGAAAUUUAUUUGUAACCCAAGCCUAUAUUAGAGCUCUUUGAGCUAGAUGUGGGAUGCAACUCACAACCCUUUAAAUUGAAUUUGUUAGAAUAUAUAACAUAUUUUGAGGCCUCAACUAUCAACUUAAGCUUUUGGUUGAGUUGGUUUCUUGAUAUGGUAUCAGAGCCACUAAGGUCAUUGAUUCGAAUCUCAAACACCCCUCAAAUUCCAGUGGAAUAUACAUUUCACAUUAAGUAUGAGGAGGAUCUAUGUUGCAUCCACACUUCUAGCCCAAAGAAUUCUCAUGUGAGGCGGAGUUGUUAAAGUAUGUAAUAUAUCAUGGCGCCUCAACCAUCAGCUUAAACUUUUGGUUAAAUUGGUUUCUUAACAUAGUAUCAUGAUAUGUUAUAUACUCUAACAUGAGUAUUAGAGUAUAUAAAAAAUCUUAAAGUCUCAACCAUCAGUUUGAGGUUUUAGUUAGAGUUAGUUCCUUGACAGAAUCGAGGGGCAGAUGAGAAAUCCGUGACAUUUCACGUUGACUUCUAAUACCAAGAAUGUCAAGGAACUAACCGCGUUGAUUAAUUCUUACGUGCAUGGUUCAAUUUGGCAUGGAGUUUGAGCGAAAAAGAAAGCAUGUAGACUCGGCCGUGGAGUGCUAUAUGGAUAGCUUUAAUGUUUCAGAGGAAGAAGCUUAUAAGGAGCUCCAGCACCAAGUAGAGGAAGCAUGGAAGGAUUUGAAUGAAGAAAUGUUGAGGCCAACUGCUGUGUGUAUGCGUCUUCUAAAGCUCAUUACAAACAUGUGUAGGGCAUUAUACGACAUGUAUAAGAUUGGUGAAGAUGCCUUCAACAUGCCUAUAACUAUCAAAGACAAAGUUCAAGCACUUCUUAUUGAUCCAGCUAUCUAAAACUACAUUCAAUUAAUUAAGUGUGGUUUGAUAUUAUAUGAGAUUAAUGUUUUCAUUUUGCUUCUUUUCUAAAAUGCUUAUUUUAACAUUGUUGUGUUUUUUCUUUAAGACAUUAGAACUCUGAGAUUCUGAUACUCAGAUUUAAAUUGAAAAGGGAUUGAUAGACUACUCAUAUCAACAAGGUGUUUAAUGGGAGUCCAUUUGUUAAGAACUCCACAGUCUUUAAGCGUGCUUGAUGGGAACAAUCUUAGGAUGGGUGUUAUAGAUAUUUUCUAUGUUUUGUUUGUGGGGCCAAAGUGCGCUGGAAAUACUGGUGUUGAUUUGUGGGGCCAGUCUACAGUCUUCAUGAGUAAUUACUAGCGGUCCGUUGGGCCGGGGUGUCAUAGAUAUUUUCUAUGUUUUGUCUUAUAUUUUCUCUGUUUUUUUUAC